CGUCGCUUAGACGCUGGACGGGAACCCGUCAUCGGAAGGCUGUGUGAAAUGAUGAGAUCACUGGGCCGACAGGUUCGCCAGCUACGUUCACAUAUGUCGACGACUGCCACAACAACGGUGAAACAAGCUAUCGAUGCGACGGAGUUUGCGCAACGCCGUGCGAAUUUGGUCACAAAAUUGCGACGUGCUACUCCGGGAAGUCGCGCGAAACCGCUUGCCGUAGUGAUGAGGUCAGCGACGAGGCAAUUCUCGGCUCCGGAUGUACCUUAUCCGUUUCGUCAAUGUUCCUAUUUUCGAUAUUUCACGGGUCUUACUCAACCCGAUGCUGUACUCCUGAUCGUUGCAGAACGCAGAUCCAAGCCGAUCUCAGUGCUCUACAUCGAAGAGCGUUCGGAAAAGCAAGAGCUGUGGGAGGGACCGGUGCUAAGUGCCAGUGAAAUUGCGGAUAUCUGUGCGGUGGAAGAAAUCAAAGGACGGAAUCAGCUGAUGCUCGAUUUGCAAAUGUUGAUUUGUGGUGCUGUCAUUGUAUCAUACGACGACACAACCCUGAACGCCGUGUUAUCAGGAUGUGCUGAGGUGGUGCCACUUCGCGAGCAUAUCGACUCGUUGCGAUGGAUAAAAUCGCCAGCCGAGCAAACACUGAUGCGUGAGACAUGUCGCAUCGGUGCUCAGGCAUUCAAUGCAAUGAUAUCGCGCUGUAAAGGAGUGGCGAAUGAGAACGAAAUUGUCGGAAGACUGGAACUUGAGGUACGACGUCGUGGCGCCGCAUGUCUCUCCUAUCCGCCUGUACGACGUCGUGGCGCCGCGUGUCUCUCGUAUCCGCCGGUGGUCGCUGCUGCAAAUCGUGCUAAUACAAUACACUACCUCGAUGCUAAUCAGGCCAUAAAUGAUGGUGAUACGGUGCUUGUUGAUGCGGGCUGUGAUUAUGAAGGGUACACAAGUGAUAUAACGCGUGUCUUUCCCGUCUCCGGAUAUUUUAGUGCGCCACAAAGGGCUCUUUAUGAUGCGCUCAAUGACGUCCAGUCCCGGUUGCUGAAUUACUUGAAGCAAACUGAAUUAUUGCGAUUGAAUGAAGUCUACACAGCGAUGAUUGAAUAUCUUGCCAAAAAUCUCGUUGAAAUAGGCCUUUUUUCCGACAGUUUGGACAAGGACGAACUAGUUCAUGAGACUGACAAGAUUUGUCCUCAUCAUGUGAGCCAUUAUCUUGGAAUGGAUGUUCACGACACUGGUUCUGUAUCUCGCAAAAUUCCUCUACAACGUGGCGUUGUAUUUACUGUUGAACCAGGCAUGUUUAUCGUUCAAACUCAUUGA